AUGCACCAUAUAUACGUCAUAUCAUUGUGUUUACAUGUGUUUGUGGAACAGAGGAUGGUCACGAGAGUCAACACCUUCAUGAGGGUGGCGUACAAGGACGAGCCGAGCAUCUUCGCGUGGGAGCUGAUGAACGAGCCUCGCGCCCCGAGUGACCUCUCCGGAAAGACGAUGGAGCGCUGGGUGGCGUCGAUGUCCGCGUACGUCAAGUCCGUCGACCCCAAGCACAUGGUGGAGAUCGGCAUGGAAGGGUUCUACGGCGAGUCCACGCCGAAGCGCAAGCGGUUCAACCCAGGGAAGGGGUACACCGGCGGCACCGACUUCGUCUCCAACAACCGCAUCCCCACCGUCGACUUCGCCACCAUCCACAUCUACCCCGACCAAUGGUUGCCGGGGUCGAGCAGCCAGGCGCAGGUGGAGUUCACCAAGAGGUGGAUGGCGUCCCACAUCGAGGACGCGGGGAAGGCGCUGCGGAAGCCGCUGCUGGUGGCGGAGUUCGGCUGGUCCGCGCGCUCCGGCGGCUACACGGUGGCGGCGCGGGACGGCUACUUCCGCAUGGUGUACGACGCCAUCUACGCUUCCGUGAAGGGGGGCGGGCCGUGCGCGGGGGGGCUCUUCUGGCAUGUCAUGGCGCCCGGGAUGGAGAGCUGGACGGACGGCUAUGACGUCGUGUUCGAGCGCAGCCCCACCACCGCCGCGGUCGUCUCGCAGGAGUGCGCCAAGAUCCACAGAUUCACGCCCGCUGUCUAG